AUGAACCUUACCCUACACGUUACUCUGCGAGACUUGCAGGUCAACGAGCGUCAAGGAUUGUCCAAACUACGCCGCCCCCAAGUCAUCCUAGCGCAUCUGCCAAACCUGGAGCAACUAAAAGGACUCUUUCACCCUCUUCGCCUGGCGCUGUCAAACCCUCGCCCAAAAAGGCUGCACGCUCUCACAGAACAGCUGCCUCCCGAAUUUCUCCCUUUGAUUCGGAACUGGCCCUUCCCCGCACUUCUGCACACCACACCUCCCGAUCCACUGCAGAACAGGCUUUACCUACCCCAGCUAAGACCCCUUCGAAGAAGAAGGUGA